AUGACGUGUUACAGAAGGUCGACAUCUCCAGUUGUCACAGCUGAAAGGGAACUGUCCCUAACCGACAAGAGUUCGUUACACAUCAGCCUCGCAGCGCCCCAGUGUAACCCAUCACCGUGCGACGCCUGUCUCGGUCACAUUCAGGACCCACUCUUACAGGAGGAGAGGCUCAUUUUGGAGCAGGCUGUAGAAGUUUCGGGCCAUCCUCUGACGCUACGGCAGGGCAGCCUGGUAGCGGAGAGGGCAGAACUGGGAGACAGGACGGAGGCGCGGGAAGGGCGGGGCCCUGCAGGCCCCACCCCCGGGACCCCGCCUUCCACAGCCAGGUCCGCGCAGCACCGGACCCUUGAAACCUUCCUCCCCAAAAGCCCACCAACGCUGCAGGAGGCUUGGCAGCUUCCUGGCACGAAACAGACGGACCGGAAUCCUAACCCGCCUCCUCCACAUCCUUCGCUGUUGCAUCACUUGAAACCCAAGGCUUCUGCCACAGCGACUGAAUCCCGGUCAGCGGAGCAGCCUCCUCGGGCCCGGCUCCGCCUCUGGGUGUGGAGUUUGUGCGGCGGAGCCUCGUCCACCCGCCCGUCCUCCUUGCGCCCAGCCCUUCGCAGCACUGGACCACCGCUCCCGAGGACGCUCACAUUUAACAGCGUUCAGCAACUUUCCGGAGUUCACAGGGCUGCGAGUCAGGAGGAUCAGGAGGAUGUCCCCGCCGAGGCGCAGCAGCCAGCGCUCAGUGCCUGCCACCCACCGCCUUUCUCCCGUCGAUUGGGGAACGCGGCUUCCUGCACGAAAGUUUCCAGUGAGUCAGCUUGGCAGCCUUGCCUGGAUAAACUGAAGUGCCUUGAGGAGGGUGAAGAUCUUGAAGUCAUUCCAGAGGAUACUGAUCUAGUGACUUUGAGGGCUAGAAAAAGGUUCUUGGAACAUCGAGAAGAAACCAUAACAAUAGAUCGUGCCUGCAGACAAGAAACAUUUGCUUAUGAGAUGGAGUCACAUGCAAUGGGGAAGAAGCCUGAAAAUCCAGCGGACAUGGUUGAAGAGGGGGAGCUUAUCCUAUCUGUGAAUAUCUUGUACCCCAUUAUAUUUCAUAAGCAUAAAGAGCAUAAACCAUACCAGACAGUGCUGGUAUUGGGAAGCCAAAAGCUCACAGAGCUGAGGGAUGCCAUUUGCUGUGUCAGCGACCUCCAGAUUGGUGGUGAAUUCAGCAGCACUCCUGACCAAGCUCCAGAGCACGUCAGCAAGGACCUAUACAAAUCUGCCUUCUUUUAUUUUGAAGGAACAUUUUACAAUGAUAAAAGAUACCCAGAAUGCAGAGAUUUGAGCAGAACUAUUGUCGAGUGGUCAGAGGCUCAUGAUAGAGGCUAUGGAAAGUUUCAGACGGCCAGAAUGGAAGAUUUUACCUUCAAUGACCUGAACAUUAAACUGGGUUUUCCUUAUUUGUACUGUCACCAGGGAGACUGUGAACAUGUUGUUGUCAUUACAGACAUAAGGCUUGUGCAUCAUGACGACUGUUUGGAUAGAACACUUUAUCCUCUUCUUAUCAAGAAACACUGGCUGUGGACUAGAAAAUGUUUUGUUUGUAAAAUGUACACAGCUAGAUGGGUGACGAACAAUGACAGUUUUGCACCAGAAGACCCAUGUUUCUUUUGUGAUGUUUGCUUCCGAAUGCUCCAUUAUGAUGCAGAAGGCAACAAACUAGGGGAAUUCCUUGCUUAUCCUUAUGUUGAUCCUGGAACUUUCAAUUAAAGAAUUCAAUGAAUGACUCGGCAAGUAGUGGUGGAAAUAAAAUGUUUGGAGAGAGCUAAACCUUCUAUGAUGCUUCCUAAGGUAAAGAUUCUUUAAGUGGCUGUAAUAAAAAUUGGGGAAUUAGCUCAGUGGCACACAAGGUUGUGAGUUCGAUCCCUGGUACCAAGGGGGGGGAUGUAAACAAGAAUAAAUUAUUUCAUGAGUAAUUUAAGAUUAAGAAUAGCUGUUUUAUAAUCUUAUAGUGGGAUCUUUUGUGAGUUAGGUUUUCUUUUGAUAGGAACUAGGCAUGCAAGACAUUCUUAAUGGAUGUAAAAAGAUCCUGAGUGUAUACUCCUACCUUCACAAAAAUGUUACUUAAAAUGAAGCCUGACAAGACUUUAUCACACACACCAAAUUUAAAAUGGCAGUAUGAUUGAAAGAAAACAUUUUAUAUAAUAUAAGAUGUGGAAAAAUCAAGAUCCUACAGAGUGCUUGCUCUGGAUCACUUACUCUUGGGCGAUAACCUGCUGAAUAUAUAACCGUAAAGAGCAAAAAACAGAAACGCUCUAUGCUGACCCAGUUGCUUUGGCCCUCUUACCAUCAUCAGGAAAGCUUUAGUUUUCAAUACAUUUCCUGAUGGAGAUAUUUUCUGGAAACCUUAAACUUUGUUUUGGAGACAGGGUCUUGCUAUGUAGUUCAGGCUAGCCUUGAACUCAUAGUAAUCCUCCUGCCUCAGCCUCCCUAGGGCUGGGAUUACAGGUGUGCAUCACCACGCCUAGCUGUAUAAGGUUUUAGCAGUGAUGUCAAAUACAUUUUAUAUUUCACUCUCUCUCCCCUAGGGUUACUUUUGAAAUUCACCUGAAUUCCAUCUCUCUGGAUGCGUAAGAACAGACACCGUAUCAAUAAAAAAAAAACUCAUGAAGCCUGUAAGACUGUUUGUUUAAAGACUCGACAGUGAAGGACGUCUCAUGGACUUAGCACAUGUCCAGUUAAGUCAGUUGAUACGGAAAUCAGUCCGUUUGCGGUAUGUCUAGUGGUAUUUUAAUUCACCAAUUUAGUCAGUACAGGCGAUCAGCAUACAGGGCUAGGAUAAGAGUCCUCUCCAUGGGGGCUUUAUAUUGUGCCCAAAUUAGUUCUUAAAACCUUGUCCAAAAAUCACUUAAGAUGAAAGUGAUUUAACCAGUUCCUAAAAGUCCACGGGUAAAACUAGUUUCCUUUAUUUUUAAAUUUUUUUAUUUUUUUGUACCGGGGAUCGAACUCAGUUCCUUGUGCUUGUGAGGCAGGUGGCAGAACCAUUGAGCUAAAUCCCUGGCCCUAUACUGCAUUUUAAUACUGUAUGCCUGGCGUUAAUAUGCAAAGUAAAAUCUGUUUACUUUGAUUCACUUUCAUGCUAUCACAACAGCAAAUUCUAGAAAGUUAUUUCUCAUAAUGAAUUAUUCCAUGUAUGAUGCUGAUCAAGUUAUUUUAGUGGACAAACAUCAGGGAAAACAAUACAGCACUGGAAUUCUUGUUUCUUCAUAUAUUGAGAAUGUUAUUUUGUUAGUUCUUUAGGUUAACUUUUCCACCAAUUCUUUUACUGGUGAAACUGAGAGGAAAAGCAGUGUAUUUACUCGUCAGUUAUUUGGGUGUCUCACCAAUGUCAAGAAAUUCCCAACUCUGCAUAUUCUGGAGCUAUGAAAUUCCUGACUCAAGACAGUUUCUUAAAUGCCCAUUUCAUUUUAUUACACACACCAGAAUUGUUAAAUUACUUGUAUCAUUUUAUCCAACGAAGAAAAAUAAUGAGUGUCAUCAUGAAUGUCUCUAUGAACAUCCUGUGUAGUUAGAAAUUAAUCAGUCACAUGUUGAUACAACAGUAGAUGCACACCCAAGACCAUUAAACACUCUCCUCAGGCUUCAGAAUCCUUUAAGAUAAUUAGAAAUUCCAGUUUUACUUUGGGAAGGUCAGUCAUCUCUACCACCACCUGUUAUACAACACAAAUAUAAGCACAUUUCUUAUUACAGUAGCUUCGUUCCUUAGGAAUGUAAAGAAACAAUGGCUAUUUUCAGUAGAGAGGGCAAAACUUGUUCAGGACUCCUCCCGAGCUAGAAAGCUUCGGCUCUGUAUGGACCACAUGGCAGACCUCAUCUUUCCCAAGAUCUUCAACCAGGUAAGUGGCUGUGAGUAGGAGCACUUUCGUAUACAUACGAUGUUAUCACUGCGUAAUCCAAGGCUGGGCAUGUCGGUAUCACUACUUGAAAUCACUAGCUAUAAUAGCAAUUGUAAGGCUUUAGGUGCUCUGGCUAAAUUGUUCCUGGCCGGGCUCUCAAGUUCAGGUGGUCUAUCUAAAACCGCUCCAAGCAGCUUCAACCAAUUGAAAACUCUAAAACAAAACAAAACACACUCUACCCAAAUGUCAAAGCGCACUAAACAGUGUGCUCAUACAUUAUAUACAUAUAUAAAUUUGGGGGGACUAGUUCACUGAUUUGUUCAGAUGUGGAUUUAUAUAACCAAACAAUAGAAAUUGAUCCAAUAUGCCCUAAAGUUGAUAAUUCUGAAGAAAUUUUUUGAGUUCUGUUAUCUGUGAAUCAGCUUGUGACAGGGAAAAAUUAAGAUUAAAAGGCAAUUAUGCUUUAACAGAACAUCAGUCAGCCAGUGCAAACAGUCCUAAAUUACCACAGUGCUGCCAAUAUACCAGAAGUGGACUAGUUUGUGGUUUCUUGGGUCACAGGAAAAAUAGAUUUCCUAUUUUCUAUCAUCUUGAGCCUAUAUGUAUCUAUGCCUAAACAGCAUCUCAAUGACUUAAAUUAUUUCCUCAGUAGGAAACCAGAAUUCCUUUUACUCUUCUAAAAAUAACGAAGUAAUUUACUAGUAAGGUUUGAUAGAAAAAUUCUUUAAUCAAAACAAGUUUACACAUCAACACUUACAGCUUAACUAGAAUCUGUCCAAAACUCUACUAUGGACAAGACAUAUAAUGAGUGAUAUAGCAGGGUUCCCUCAAAACAGCUCUAUUUGCAAGACCUCGCAAAAGCAAAAAUCCAAUUAAUGAAAUAAUUCAGAUUUUUUUAUGUACAGAUGAAAACUAUCUGAGAGGUCAAGACAUACAAUGCCUGUCACACAGCACUGGUUGCGUUUCUAGGGCCUUAUGAAGGAUGUCACGGCACAGCCUAGACUCACUCGUUCUCAGGAGUACCCAGUCCAUUCCCUGCAGGGAAGUUAGAUGCCUCCACCGAAUGCCCAGCCACAGAACUACAUCGCCGUCGAAAGUUAACAUGAGCUUUGCAAGACUGCAUAGAACUACCAGUUCAAUGUCCACUGACCAUGAGUUAUCAUACAAAAAGGGUGUCAGGCCGCACGGUUACAGAGGAGCAGGAUAAUGGAGCACAGUGUGAGAUUAAAAUGAACUUUUGAUAAAAAGGAAGGAGUAUUUGUAUAGAA